GGAUUAUUGUGUUUACCGACCUGACCGCGUAUUUAAUCCGGUUAUCGGUGACUCCAGCCUCCCUGCAGCUCCUCUAGCUGGCGGCUAACCGGCGAGCUAGCGUCACCGGCUCCUGAGGAGAGAAACAACCGCUUCCUCCUCGGGAGAAACGUCCACAGACCCGCGGAGACGAACCCGAACACGUGGACAGAUCUUCGGUCUUUGCACCGGCCGAGUCACGGGGAGCGUCCGGGUGGAUGCUAGCCGCUGCUAGCCGGUGCUAACGCUCCACUUCCGCAUUGACAGUCCGCCCUGUUCAUCAACAAUGAAUGUGGCUCAUGAAAUAGAUUUGCUGGUGCAGGAGAUUCAGCGGCUCGGCAGUAAAAAUGAUCUCGGUCAAACUACCGUGAAGUUCGGCGUGCUGUUCAGCGACGACCGCUGCGCUAACAUCUUCGAGGCGUUGGUUGGCACCUUGAGAGCUGCCAAGAGGAAGAAGAUCAUCAGCUUCGAGGGCGAGCUGCUCCUGCAGGGCGUCCACGACCAGGUGGACGUCGUCCUGCUGCAGGAAUGAGACGGAAAAUCUGGACCGGCGCUUUUCUACAGCAACUGUGGGUCUCACUGAAUCCUUCCAAAUUCUGAGCUUCUUGUCCCUGAGCUUCUGUUUCCAGUCAUCCUCCUCCAUGUUCACGGCUCAAUAUUUGAACCCACAACCCACAGAUUGCACCUCACAGUAUGCCACGUUGAAAAGACCCAGCUGCCAGGUCGGCAUAUUUUAGAGUUUUCCUGGGCUGGCAAACAGCCACAUUCAAAGUUUAAAAUGACAAAUAUCCUUUCUAUCAACCACGGGUCUGUGAUGUCACAAACGCACAAAUUGGGAGUGUUAUAGUUUUUGUAACACAUUAAUUCAGGGUUUUCUGGUUCAUGUUUGGGUAAAUUACAGUAUAUGGUAAUUAUCACAACGAAAUGCCUUUUUGAUUUUACCAGUAUCCUGGAAAUGGCAAGAUACUGGUUCCUUUUACCACUGAUCUAGGAAAAUCUCCUUUUCAUCAGCCUCAAGUGGCAGUGGGAGUUUAACCAAGACCUAAAUGAUCAAAAAUCAUGUAUUGUAAUGAUUGUUCUCACAUAUUAAUCUAGUGCAGCUUUAAUACAGCGCGAGUGUGAGUCCACCAACAGUGUCAUCUAAUGGCCGUUCCAUUUAUUGUUUACAUGAGUCAUUAAUACUACCUCUUGUGGACUUUUUAAAAAAGACUUGAAAGGACCAGUGCUGUUGGAAAUUCAACAAUUCCUUCACGGAUACAACAACGACAAGUGCAUUUAAAGAAUGUUGCACGUAUUUGUAUCAGCUUCAGCCUCCGAGAGUAGUUUUUAAUUCCAUCUUUUUUAUAUGUGGUCAACAAUGAACUGUCUCUGCUUAAAAAAAACUCCUGAACUUGCCUUUCAUAAGAAAUAGUUGAUUAACAAAUGGAGAAACCUUUUCUUUUUGUGCCUUUUUUUUUUGUGUUGCUGUUUCAUUACAGGGUGAUUGGUGCCAAAUGCAAAAGAUGAUUUGUAGUGAUUCUCAGGACCAAAUCAACAUAACCAAAAUAUGUUAAGUAACACUUGCUUUGGCUUAAAUUAGGUUCCAUGCUUGUAACACAUGUAGAUUUAUAGUUUUGUUCAGUACUGUAGGUCCGAUGAAACUUGCAGAUCAGACGUGACCAGUUUGCUCCGUUUCCCACCAGCUUAAAUCACCAUCAGUAAAUAUAAUAUCAUUGCUUAGUAUGGAUGCCCAAAGUAGUCAAAAUUUAAUGAUUGACGUUAUAAAAUAAGCACAUUAAUUAAUACCGAUUGAUUAUUUAAUAAAAUUGUCUUGAAAUGAUCAAAUUUAUUCUCAAAAUAAAAUGUCAUUGCAUUUUCAUUUAAUUCCAGCAGUUUUUUUUUUAUUUCAAAUGUAAUUUAUUUUCAAAGUGACCAUUUAAUUUUGUAAUGCUACUUUUCAUUUAGUGCAUUAUUUGCCUCAUAUCACUCUAGAUAAAUGGAAAAAAAAACCUGCUGAACUAAAAUGGAAAAGAUAAUUUUUAUGGUGCAACAGAUUCCAUAUUCAUUAGUUGAGUUAAAUAUUUUUUUUUAUUAUUUUACAGGUAAAUUUGUAUAUUAACUGUAUUAACUUUUACCUUAUAUCCAAUUUUGACCACUUGGGCCUCCAUAUAUUUGUUUAUUAUUUACAUGCACAUGAAAGACCAGCAAUCGAACAGAUUUUUGCUUGAAUGUAACAUCUACUUGGCAGCUGUUGUUCCAACAUGGAUAAUAUCAAACAUUUUCCUUCAUGUUUACACAUCAGAUACAUAUCUUCCUGUGAUAAUGGACGUGUGACUCGAUCUACGCCUGGUCUGCAGGUUUCCUGAGGCGCGUUUCAUGUUCACUGCUGUUGUGUUAGCCAAACUCGUUGUGUUUCAGGUGUUGGUUUGUUGAUUGCAUUUGACUUGAUCUAUUUGUCUGAUCACAGUUCUCAUAACUUUGUUUGUUGCAUAGAUGGACCAAAAAAAAAAUCUGGUGAAAUCAAGAGAAGGAGCUUGAUUAUAUUCUGAUUAGGAAUGACAAGGAAUAUAGAAGAAAAGAUCAGGCGUGUGUAAUAUAAUCAUGGGUUCAGUAGAAGUUGUGGGGACAUUGGAGAAAAGCCAGAGAGAGGAAGAAACCUGCUGCUUGUAUCACCGUCAUUUUGGAUUUUCAAGAUCAGAAGAGUUAUGACUCAAGCCAUUUCUGUCCACUCAUGGGUCGGGAUGCUCACGCAACGUGUUCAAGUGCUUCAUUACUGUUUUUUGUAUCGGCAAUAACAUAUUCCUGAAAGAACAGAGGUGUCUGCUAAUGUGGAAUACAGAUCAAACGAAUAAAAUCUUUACACUUGAA